AUGAAUAAAAUAUCAUUGCCACCUAUGCAUCACAGCUUCGGAAUUAUCAGAAAACUGAACCAAGAAGGGUUACAUAACACAAUCGAACAUGAACCAACCGAUGCGGUAGUUUAUGGCUUUUGUUCUUGCUGGCGUCUCAUUUCAAUAAAAAAGAUGAUGGCAACUUUGAUGGAAAGGUGGAUUGAUAGUCUGCAGUUUUCCUCAUUGUUUUGGCCUCCUCCACAAGAUGCUGAGCAGCGGAAGGCUGAAAUUACUGCCUAUGUCGAGUAUUUUGGUCAAUUCACAUCAGAACAAUUUCCUGAUGACAUAGCAGAGCUGAUCCGAAGCCAAUAUCCAUCCAAGGAAAACCGACUUUUUGAUGAAGUUUUAGCAACAUUUGUUCUCUACCAUCCAGAACAUGGUCAUGCUGUUAUUCUUCCUAUUAUUUCAUGUAUUAUUGAUGGUACUCUAGAAUACAAUGGGAGUGGUCACCCAUUCGCAUCUUUCAUCUCCUUGGUCUGCCCCAGCAGUGAGAAUGAGUAUUCUGAGAAUUGGGCACUUGCAUGUGGAGAGAUCUUAAGAAUUUUGACUCAUUACAACCGCCCAAUUUACAACAUUGAACGUCACGAUAAUGAAGCGGAUAGAAUUAGUGGGGUGAAACAUGCUUCAACAAGUAAACUAAUGGAUGGAGAACCUUCUUUGCCUUCUGUACAACAAGAAAGAAAAACUAUGAGGCCACUGUCUCCCUGGAUUACUGAUAUAUUGCUUGCAGCACCUCUAGAAAUUAGAAGUGAUUACUUCCGCUGGUGUGGAGGUGUCAUGGGAAAAUAUGCGGCUGGAGAACUGAAGCCUCCUUCGAUUGCAUCUUCUCGUGGAUCUGGAAAGCAUCCUCAGCUAAUGCCAUCAACUCCACGGUGGGCUGUUGCCAAUGGUGCUGGGGUUAUAUUAAGCGUAUGUGAUGAGGAAGUAGCUCGUUAUGAGUCUGCUACGUUGACUGCUGCUGCUGUUCCCGCACUUCUGCUUCCUCCCCCAACAACGCCUAUGGAUGAGCAUCUUGUAGCUGGUCUACCAGCUCUUGAGCCAUAUGCACGCUUGUUUCAUCGGUAUUAUGCAAUUGCUAGUCCAAGUGCCACCCAAAGGCUGCUCCUUGGACUUCUAGAAGCUCCACCGUCCUGGGCUCCUGAUGCACUUGAUGCUGCUGUACAACUUGUGGAACUCCUUCGCGCAGCAGAAGAUUUUACCUCAGGAACAAGGCUUCCAAGAAACUGGAUGCAUUUGCAUUUCUUGCGUGCAAUUGGGAUUGCAAUGUCAAUGAGAGCAGGAAUUGCUGCAGAUGCUGCAGCUGCUUUGCUUUUCCGAAUACUUUCUCAACCUGCUUUGUUGUUUCCUCCAUUGAGACACGUUGAUGGUGUAGAAGUUCAACAUGAACCACUGGGCGGUUACAUUUCAUGUGAACGUAAGCAGAAAGAAGUACCUGCAAUGGAAGCUACAACUGAAGCUACUGCCCAAGGGAUUGCAUCAAUGCUUUGUGCCCACGGCCCCGAAGUUGAAUGGAGAAUAUGUACCAUAUGGGAAGCUGCUUAUGGCUUGAUUCCUCUAUGUUCCUCUGCCAUUGAUCUUCCUGAAAUCAUUGUCGCAACACCUUUACAGACUCCUAUAUUAUCAUGGAAUUUGUAUAUUCCGCUUCUUAAAGUACUUGAGUAUCUUCCUCGCGGAAGCCCUUCUGAAACAUGUCUCAUGAAGAUAUUUGCUGCCACUGUUGAAGCAAUUCUUCAGAGGACGUUUCCACACGAGUCUUCUAGAGAACAAAUCAGAAAAACAAGAUACGAAUUUGGGUCUGCAUCCAAGAAUCUUGCGGUGGCUGAGCUCCGUACGAUGGUUCACUCGCUAUUUUUGGAGUCAUAUGCCUCUGUAGAGCUUGCCUCUCGGCUUCUUUUCAUAGUGUUAACUGUCUGUGUCAGUCAUGAAGCACAGCUGAGCGGAAGAAAGCGACCUAAAGGUGAAGAUCGAAACAUUUCUGAAGAACUAAUGGACGACUUACAAGAAGCCACCAGAAAACAAGGAGACAUGGCAAAUAAACGAGCGAAAAAACCGGGGCCCGUUGCUGCAUUUGAUUCUUAUGUUAUUGCUGCAGUUUGUGCACUAUCCUGUGAACUUCAGCUCUUCCCCUUGAUUUCUAAAGGGGGCAAUCAUUUAGGUGCCAGAUGUGACGUAGCUAAACCUGCAAAAGUAAAUGAUCCACCCAGUGAGUUACGAAAUGGUAUUGACUCUGCUGUUUAUCACACACGUCGAUUAUUGACAAUUCUAGAGACACUUUUUUCUUUGAAGCCAUCUUCUAUAAGCACGUCAUGGAGUUACAGUUCAAAUGAAAUAGUGGCUGCUGCUAUGGUUGCAGCUCAUGUUUCAGAUCUUUUUAGAUGUUCAAAGGCUUGCAUGAAUGCUCUUUCCACCUUGAUAAGAUGCAAGUGGGAUAAUAGAAUUUCCUCUCGGGCAUCUUCCCUUUUCAACCUCAUUGAUAUUCAUAGCAAGGCUGUUGCAUCCAUUGUCAAUAAAGCAGAACCAUUAGAAGCACACCUACUGCACACACCUGUUUGGAAGGACACACCUUCGUGUUUUGAUGGGAAAAAACAUACUACAAGUACUAACUGUAGACUGCAGUGUGAAAACUUGCCUUGUACAGCAAAUCUAAUGAAAUGUGAGAAGUCUUCCAACUCCGCUGAGGUUGACAGGUGUAUAACGGGCAAAGGAAUUGCGAGUUUCCCAAUAGAUGCUUCAGAUUUGGCAAACUUUUUGACAAUGGACAGGCAUAUAGGUUUUAGUUGCAGCGUGCAAGUUCUUAGGUGUGUCCUAACAGAGAGACAAGAAUUAUGUUUUUCGGUCGUUUCAUUGCUUUGGCAAAAAUUGAUUGCAUCACCUGAAACACAACCGAGUGCUGAAAGUACUUCUGCACAGCAAGGAUGGAGGCAGGUGGUUGAUGCACUCUGUAAUGUAGUAUCAGCAUCACCGGCAAAAGCAGCAACAGCUGUUGUUCUUCAGGCGGAGAGGGAAUUGAAGCCAUGGAUUGCUAAAGAUGAUGAUCUUGGUCAAAAGAUGUGGAGGAUCAACCAAAGAAUCGUAAAAGUGAUUGUGGAGUUAAUGAGAAACCACGAAGCACCGGAAUCUUUGGUAAUACUUGCGAGCGCAUCCGACCUCCUCCUACGGGCCACAGACGGGAUGCUUGUUGAUGGAGAAGCAUGCACUUUACCACAGCUGGAGCUGUUGGAAGUAACCGCUAGAGCAGUUCAACCAGUGUUCGAGUGGGGAGAUUCAGGAUUGGCAGUCGCAGAUGGCCUUUCAAACCUGUUGAAGUGUCGACUACCUGCUACAGUUCGCUGUGUUUCUCAUCCAAGCGCUCAUGUUCGAGCUCUUAGUACAUCAGUUCUUCGAGCUAUUCUACAUGCCAGUUCAAUAAAAUCGAGCAGCAAACAGGAGGAUAUAAAUGGCAUUAGCAGUCCACCUUAUCAGUAUCUGAAUGUGGGCGUUAGCGACUGGCGAGCAGAUAUUGGAAAGUGUUUGACGUGGGAAGCUCAUAGUCUACUGGCUACUGGCCUGCCUAUAAUGUUUCUUGAUACUGCUGCAAAGGAAUUAGGCUGUACUAUAUCCAUUUGA